AUGGGGGAUUCAGCGGACGUCAAGGAGAUGAAGAAGACGUUCAUUGUCCCAGCCAUCAAACCGUUUGAUCACUACGAUUUCGCCCGAGCAAAGAUCGCCUGUAAUCUAGCGUGGCUAGUGGCCAAAGCCUUUGGGACAGAAAAUAUACCAGAUGAGCUUCGAGAACCAUUUUAUACAGACCAGUAUGACCAGGAACAUAUUAAACCUCCUGUGGUUAACUUGCUGCUGUCUGCAGAACUUUAUUGUCGUGCGGGAAGUCUCAUCCUGAAGAGUGAUGCUGCUAAGCCACUCCUGGGUCAUGAUGCUGUUAUCCAAGCUUUGGCACAAAAAGGCCUCUAUGUUACGGACCAGGAGAAACUGGUAACAGAGAGAGACUUGCACAAGAAACCUAUUCAAAUGAGUGCUCAUUUGGCUAUGAUUGACACCUUAAUGAUGGCAUAUACUGUAGAAAUGAUCAGUGUGGAAAAAGUUAUUGCAUGCAUACAGCAGUAUUCCUCCUUCUUCCAAGCUACAGACCUGCCCUAUGACAUAGAAGAUGCGGUCAUGUUCUGGAUAAAUAAGGCAAAUGAACAUUUAAAGGAUAUAAUGGAACAGGAGCAGAAGCUGAAAGAGCAACAUGGGGCAGAAACGCCAGGAGGUCAAAAGGCUCGAUACCGGAAGGAACAGACUCUGCUUAAGCAGCUGCCCUGUGUUCCCUUGGUGGAAAAUCUGCUGAAAGAUGGCAGAGAUGGAUGUGCUUUAGCUGCUCUGAUCCAUUUUUACUGCCCAGAGAUUGUUAGAUUAGAGGAUAUCUGUUUGAAGGAAACCAUGUCACUGGCUGACAGUUUGUACAAUCUGCAAUUGAUCCAGGAAUUUUGUCAGGAAUACUUAAACCAAUGUUGCCAUUUUGCACUGGAAGAUAUGUUGUAUGCUGCUUCUUCAGUAAAGAGUAAUUAUUUAGUGUUCAUGGCAGAGCUGUUCUGGUGGUUUGAAGUGGUGAAGCCAUCAUUUGUCCAGCCGCGAGUUGUAGGUCAUCCCCAAGCUGAACCUCCAAAGGAAGCAUCUUCUGUUCCUCCUACAAAUGCCAAUCAAAGAAGUUACCCAGGUGUUUUGCAUGAUUCCGAUCUGAUAACCAGUGUGGGGACUUCAACUUUUAUACCAUCUCAUCAGAUUCCUCCUCCAAGGCACACACAGCAACAGCCUUACUCAUCAGCCCCAGGCGGCAUUAAAAGAUCAACUUCUAUGUCCUACGUGGAUGGAUAUGUAGGGACGUGGCCCAAAGAAAAAAGGUCUUCAGUCCACGGGGUUUCGUUUGACAUUUCUUUUGAUAAAGAAGACAGCAUCCAUAUGACACCUCCAAACAGAGGAAUUAUGAGAUCUAUUAGUAAUGAAGGCCUUGUACAGAAUACUAACCAUAUGCCCAGACAUAUCAAAAAGAAUACAUUUUUCAAGCCUCUGAAUGAUGAAGAGGAUAGUGAAGAUUCUGAAAUAGAAAAGGAUGACGAACUUUUCAGCGAUCUAGAAGCAGACAGCAAUCAAAGAAAUGCCAUCCAGGUUAACACGUACACCCUACCGAAUGGAGCACUGCAAAAUAAGUUGGUUACUACUGAUGAAUUUGGCAAUCAAAUCGAGACACCGAGCAUUGAACAGGCUUUGCAGAUUAUCCACGAUAGUGAGAAAUCUGCCAACAUUACUCCACCAGCACAAUUUACAAAUGGGUUUUUCCUUCACAACAAAGAGAUGAGCAUCCUAAACUCAAACAUAGCGCUGAAUCAAAGUAGCCCUGAUAUUAUCGCAGAUACAAAAGGUGCCCUCAGUCCUGUUACUGACAACACAGAAGUAGACACUGGAAUACAUGUCCCUUCAGACAUUCCAGAGACUCUGGAUGAAGAUUCUACUUUAAGGGAUUAUACAGUCAGCCUGGAUUCUGAUCUGGAAGAAUCAUCUCGCUUUCUGCAUGAAUCUGACAGCAGAGGCAUGAACCAUAAGGAGCAAUUGAGUCCUUGUCCAAGCUCAAUAAGUACUAAAUCUCAAGCUGGCAGUAGUCCAUCUUCAAGUUCUGGAGUUAGAAUGACCAGCUUUGCAGAGCAGAAAUUUAAAAAGAUGAAUCACGCCGACAGCAGAAGUAGUGGCAGCAGUUCUCAGAAAACCACCCCCGAAGGUUCCGAGAUGAACAUUCCACACACUGUUUCUUGGGCUCAAAUCCCAGAGGAAUCUCCUCUCCCUCAGGGUAGGGACACAACACAGUUGCUGGCUUCUGAAAUGGUGCAACUGAAGAUGAAACUGGAAGAGAAGAGGCGAGCGAUUGAAGCCCAGAAGAAGAAGGUUGAGGCAGCGUUCACAAAGCAGAGACAAAAAAUGGGAAGGACGGCAUUCCUUAACGUUGUGAAAAAGAAAAGCGAUGGGAUUUCACCACUCAGGGAAGAAGCAGCUGGAGCAGAGGGCGAGAAAGUGUUCACUGACAACAAUGGAGUGAAAGAAAAAGAAAACCAAAAGCCAGGUGAACAACUGAACAAGACUUCUGAGGCCCUGAAAGUAAGCACUGAAACUCCCUCAACGACAUGGCUGAAGCCUCCAAACACCCCAGCUGAUGGUGAGAAGCCAUCUAAUUUGGUAAGUCCUUCAGAAGAGAAUUUAAAUGAAGGUGACCUUUUAGAAUAUACAAAAUCCAUCGAGAAGCUCAACUCUUCUCUACAUUUCUUACAACAAGAAAUGCAACGCCUGUCACUUCAGCAAGAGAUGCUACUGCAGAUGAGGGAACAGCAAGCUUGGGUUAUUUCACCUCCUCAACCUUCUCCUCAGAAACAAAUUCGGGAAUUGAAGUCUUCAGUGAGGCUUAGUGGAGCAUCAUCUCCUGUUGUCCCAUUUUCCGUAGAAACACCUCGGCCAUCCCACCAAUCCCCACAGUCAUCUUCUAGGAAGAAUUCAUCUCUCCCAGGUAAAAUACAAAGGACUCCAAGGCCAAAUGAACUGAAAAUUACACCUUUGAAUCGCACUUUGACUGCCCCACGGUCUGUGGAUAGCCUUCCCCGGUUGAGAAGAUUUUCUCCAAGCCAGGUUCAGACUAGAUCUUUUGUUUGUUUUGGGGAUGAUGGCGAACAGAACCCUCCAACUGGGGGGAAAAACAUAACUGAACAGGCUGCUGACAAGGAAGAAGCAGGUGAAAAGGAUGGUGAGAAGCAAGAGACUGAAGAGAAAGUUGAGCAAAAAUCAGAAGAAGAACAGAUCAGACCUCUGGAAUCCAUGGUAUCUGAAGUAUUGUCACAGCCCGUUACAGAAAUUGUCUGCCUUACUCCAAACGAAGAGCCUUUGAAUUCACCAGUGUUGCCCCCACCUUCAUCUAAACCUGUUAGCCUCAUAGAAGUUUCUCUCACAGAUUUAAAGCCACCAGAGAAGUCAGAAGACUCACUUGAAAAAUCAGAGGGUGAGAGUGACAAAGAACAAGCAGAGGAUGACCAGAAAGUAUGCUGUGGAUUCUUCUUCAAGGAUGAUCAAAAACCAGAAAAUGACAUGGCUGUGAAACGGGCAGCAUUAUUGGAGAAGCGAUUGAGAAGAGAAAGAGAAACUUUACUUCGAAAGCAGCAAUUGGAAGCAGAGAUGGAACAUAAGAAAGAAGAAACAAAGAGGAAGUCUGAGGAAGAACGUCAGAAAAAGGAAGAUGAAAAAGCACGACGAGAGUUUAUUAAGCAGGAAUAUAUGAGGCGAAAGCAGCUGAAACUAAUGGAAGACAUGGACAUUGUCUUAAAACAUCGGCCUCAUUUUUCCAAACAAAAGAAGGCACGUCCAAAAUCCAUUCAUAGAGAUCACAUUGAGUCACCUAAAACUCCAAUCAAAGGUCCUCCAGUAUCGAGCCUUUCUCUUGCAUCAUUAAACACAGCAGACAAUGAGAGUAUGCAAUCAGGCAAGAGGACACCAAGAUCUGAGUCUGUAGAAGGAUUUUUAUCUCCAAGUUGUUGCGGUAGUCGGAAUGGGGAAAAAGACUGGGAAAAUGCAUCAACUACUUCUUCGGUAGCUUCUGCUACAGAAUAUACAGGACCAAAGCUCUACAAAGAACCCAGUGCAAAAUCCAAUAAGCACAUCAUCCAAAAUGCACUUGCCCAUUGUUGUCUGGCCGGAAAAGUAAAUGAAGGACAGAAGAAUAAAAUACUAGAGGAAAUGGAGAAAUCAAAUGCCAACAACUUCCUAAUCCUCUUCCGGGACUCCGGCUGCCAGUUCCGUUCUUUAUAUACAUACUGCCCUGAAACUGAAGAGAUCAAUAAACUGACUGGGAUAGGCCCCAGAUCAAUCACUAAAAGAAUGAUCGAGGGGCUGUAUAAAUAUAACUCUGACAAGAAGCAGUUCAGCCACAUACCUGCAAAAACACUCUCUGCAAGCGUUGAUGCAAUUACUAUUCACAGCCAUUUAUGGCAGAGCAAGAGACCAGUAACUCCCAAAAAGCUCUCAUCUUCAAAGACAUAGCUACCUGUGGGAAGCUAUUUCUUGCUUUGGGCAAUUGGGGCAAACUUGACCUUCAUAUUUGCUGUCUAUUACUAAAUAGACUCCGAUUUGGUAACAAGGCUUCUCUGAAGAACAAGCUCUGCUGCUGUCAUUGCCAACUGGAAUGUAAACACAGUGUUGAAGUCUUGCAGGAAACUGACACUUCGGUGUUGUGCAUCAUGAACAAUGGAUUCACACCUGGGGAUUUUAGUUGUUUACUCAUGAUAUGUGGUGUUCCUUUCCUCGGUUCUGCAGCUCUCUGAAUGUUUGCACACUUAUGAGACUGAAGUUUUAAAAGUUUUACAUUUACUGCCUUAUGCUGUUAAUGCUUGUUUUGGAAUUUGCUUCUGUACUUUAUAACUUUACUGGACUAUUGUGUCUUACAUGCCACACCAUUAUUAUUAUUAUUAUUAUGGUUGGUCACACCGUCAGCCAGAUGUUUAGACUGGAUUUGGCAUUUUUAUCCACCUAUCAAGUCCUUCCAAGGAUCUGGGAAUAGGCUGGUGUCAUUAUUAUUAUUUUAUUAAUAUCCUGCAGAUAACAAAGGACACAAGCCUGAUUCACAGUAAAAUUAAGCUUACCUAAACUCCAUUUUAACUCUGAUUUUUUUAAGCACAUCAUAUAGGAGAAAACCUUGUAAGACAUAUGCAGGAUUGUUGCUAGCGUGUCUUAAACUCUAAUAGGGAAAUGUGGUGUUAACUAUUGUUGUGAAGACAUCAUCCUUAUAUUUAACAAUCUAUCAUGGCACUGAUCCAGGAUAGCAUGAAAUGAAAAUGUAUGCACUGGUAGACUUUUUUCCCCCAUCCUUAUUUUCUUCUAAACAGGCAUCCUUUCUUCAGUUCUUCCCAAGCUUCUGCCUAAAUUGCAUCCUGUAAUUUUGCACAGAUUCUCCCGGCUAUAAGGAAACAUACUAUAAGCAAACAAUACUAAUUGUAUACAAACCAACAUAGAUAUUUAAAUCAGAUCCAUACGUCGGGAACAUUUAAAAUCCAGUAUUAAAUGUGUUAAAAUAAUACAUUUCAUAUGGGUCUUUUGGAGGAAGUGGAAAGAAAAGGGUGUAUCUGGUUUAUGAUCAAGAUGUUGCCCAUUAUAUGGACCAAAAUUAAAUUUCUUCCCACAAUAGAGUUGAUUUUAUUAGAGUAAUUUACUGCAUUGGUUAGAUUUUUGACAACCUAACUGAAAGGAACUAGGGCAACCUACAAUGUAAUAUAGAAAUAUCACUAGGACAUCUUUUCAGUAUUUAUGAAGGGCUGUGUUGCAUCUAAUUACUUUAGAAAAGUAAUUCCUGUUUGGAACUUUGCUUAACUGACAGGUGGCAACAUUUGAACUUGAAAUCUACCCUUAUUUUUCCUAUUACUUUUUCCACAUUCAAACACCAGACAAUUUAGUUGUGGGGUGGGAGGGGAGCUAGGUGGAACCACAUUCUCAGGAAAAGACUUGAAUUACUGCUCUGGUUCUGUUUCAGUAUUGUAAAAAGUGUUGAAACUUAGACAGUAUUGAACUAUCUGUCUUAUGCUUGAAUUUUAUAAUAUGUCCUGCAAAGGAAAAUGUAAACGUUCUGUACACUUCUCCUGUUGAAAAGCUUGAUUCACUACAGUUUGCUUUUGUUCUUUGUAUAGAUGAUGUACAGGAAUAAAAAAUCCUAAAUUUAGAGAACACUUUUUUUAAAUUAUUAAACAGCCCUAAGCAUCAAUGUUUCUGAGUUGUUUAUCAAUUUUUUUCAAAGAUGCAGCCAAUAUUUUAUUGUAAUUUAUGUUAUUAUAUUUAUGUAUAUUUGUUAAAACUAUAAAAAUGAAAUAUAUUUGUGGUUAGUUGAUUCCUACUGCUUGCAUGUAAGGACAGGGACAUCUAACCCAUCUUUUAUCCAAAUGUAAACAUAUUGUAUAUAUAUAGAGAGAAAGAAAGUACACACAAACACACCUAUAUAUGUAUGUAUAAAAUAGGAGAUUGUUCUAUGCAUUCUACCCUCUAUGCUAAUCCUCCAACUAAUGGCAGAGGGAAAUUUUAUUGCGAACUCAAAUAAAUGUACACCUAAUUUUAAGAUAGUUCAAGUAUAUCUGUGGUUAGGAGAGACAAGUUUGGACAUAACUGACGUUGGUGAAAGAAGAAAUUAUGUGCAAGAGCUUUGAAACUAAAGUAUUCUUGCUAAAAAAAGAAACAUUUUUAAAAAUAUACACUACACUGAUUCUUGCACACCUAGCUAAACAGGAUGAUUUUUAAAAUGUAGCAGCCGAGGAUGUUAUUUUAAAUUAUUGAAUGUAUUAUGAAUUUUGUCUACAUUUCAGAAAAACAUUCUGUGCAAUGUCUAAAAGUAGAAUGUGAAUAUUACAAAUAAAAGUCAAGACCCCUGAGAUUAAAAUUUUACUAUAUAGUAUAAUAGCAAAGUAAUGACAGGGUUGAGGCUGCUGUUUUUUUAAUUUUUAAGGUUUAACAUUUUCUACUAGCCAUUCUCUUAAUUUGAUAUCCUGUUUGGGAAAAGAAAAGUUUUUGUGAAUAAUCCCUGUGUUUUACCAGUGAUAAUACAUGUGCGCUGGUUCUUUAUAAGAAAGGUAUUGUUUAUAUGAGAGAAUUUGCCAAACAUCCUAAUUUGGGGUUCAGGUAUUUAAAGUCUGACAGUCAUGAUGGCUACUGAAAUUUGAUGGGGUAGGGGAAAUGACUGUUGGUGUAUGUUUUUAAUUCUUUGGCUGUUUAAAGCCAAUUUCUGCUUAUUUAUAAUUUAAUGGGCACCGUCCGUUGAAAACUGUACAGUGAUUGUAUGCUUCCUUGUCCACUUUUUGGAGCAUUGCUACUUUAUUCUCUUUUUCAAAUGCUGUGCUGUAAAAUACUGUCGUAUAGCUGCUUACUUAGUACAAUGUAGUUCUUCUCUUCCAUCUAAAUAAAAAGCA